UCUGUUUGUGUUACCAGCGAACUUACUCUUUGAAUGUGUGUUUACGCGGUAAGGAUUUGAUCCCACAGAAGAGAAAAUUUUUGGACACUUGCAUUUGCAUCUUUGGAAAACUUUGUGACAGAAGAAAAAAACUUAGCUUUGUGAUUAAACCCUCUAACCUAUACAGAGGUUCUUGACGUGGUCCAUAGUUCAGUGGGGCGGCUUGUGGGUUGUGGCUUCUUCCUCAUUUUUCCAGAAAACCCCAUAAACCUCUUCUCACUUUCUCCGGAAUUUGAUUGAUUCCCACGAGAAAAUUCUCGAGGAAAAAUCAGAAAAAAUGGCGGCUAGAUUGUUGUUCCGUCGAAGUUCUCAAAUCCUACGAUCUAUUCAAAGAAAUCCUCAAAUCUCAUCAUCAUUCGAAUCUCCUUCCCCGAUUUUUUAUUCAUUGACCACCGCUUCACCAGAUCCAUCGCGAUUAUCAUCCUUAACCUUCCUCCGAUCUCUCUCCAUCGCUCGUCGUGGUCCAACGCGUCCUAAGAAGAUCGACAUCGGAGCCAAAGCGCGUCAGAUGCAGAAUCGCCGUUUGUGGACCUACGCUCUAACCUUCAGCUGCAUCGCCGGAUUCGUAGUUAUCGUCCUCAACCAAUUCCAGGAUCAGCUCGUCUUCUACCUAACGCCAUCAGACGCUAUGGAGAAAUUCGCAGAGAAUCCAACCAAAAACAAAUUCAGACUCGGUGGUUUGGUUCUUGAAGGUAGCGUUGCGCAGCCGGCGGCGUCACAGGAGAUGGAGUUUGUGAUCACCGAUCUGAUCACUGAUAUUUUGGUUAGAUACAAAGGAUCUUUGCCGGAUCUGUUUAGGGAAGGUCACUCAGUUGUGGUUGAAGGAUUCAUUAAGCCGUAUACGGAUGAAGUGAGGAAGGAAGUUUCUACAAAACCUGUUUCGCAGAAAGCUAGGAAUCUCGAUUGUUUCUUCUCGGCGACGGAAGUUUUGGCUAAGCAUGAUGAGAAGUAUAUGCCACAGGAAGUUGCGGCGGCGAUUGAGAAGAAUAAGAAGAUUAUUGAAGCGGCCGCGGUGGCGACUGAACAAGCUGCUGAAGUAGUGGCUUCUUAGUUUGUCUUUCAGUGCAUAGCAAGUAUGGAACGAGUGGUAUAUGAUUCAGUCAUCAAAAACUGACUAUCAAGUAGGGAACGAGAUAUUUGUCGCUACCAUGUUCGAUUGCUAUGGACAAAUCACCAUUACUCUACUUGCUGCUCUGUUUCUACUUAACUAAAUUCUGAUUGAGGCCAUACUCCUCUUCGAUAGUUUUUGUUUUUUUUGUUCAAUCAAGAAAAUUCUAGGCCUAUAAAUUCCUUUUGGUUGGGGA